AUGAGGCAUGGCCCGGGCAGCCGGAGCAGCUGUGGGAGCACCCAGGAGCCCGCUGGAUCUGUCAGCCAGGAGGGAAAGCCCUGCUCUGGGGCAGCAGGGCAUUGCCGCGCUCCGCUCUGGCCUCAGCUGCCUCUCCUGGGCUGGGGGAGCUCUGCGCACGGGGGUGCACAAGGCGUGGAGCUGUUGGGGUGGGCAGAGAAGGGCGGUGGGCACGGAGCAGGGUCCGGAGGGGUCUCUGAGGAGUGGCUGGGCUCUCUUGGUUUGUCCGGGUGGAGGAGAAGGGAGGGGAGGCCCCUUUGUCACCUCCGGCUCCUGCAGGGGGGUGGAGGGGCAGCGCCAUCUCUCCAUCCCUGGGACCAGGGAAGGGCUGAGGGAAAGGCAGGAGCUGAGCCAGGGAGGGCCAGGAAAAGGAUUUUCCCCAGGGAAUGGCCAUGGCCCCUACCGGAGCCCCGGGGGCUUUCAGCAACGCUCCCAAACACAGGGUGGGGGUUUGGGGUCUGUGCAGGGCCGGGGGCUGGGCUGGGUGAUCCUGGUGGGCCCCUUCCCGCUCAGCCUGUUGUGUGGCUCUGCAGCCCAGGCUCUGGGAGUGGCAGGACGUGUCCUGGGCCUUGGGCUGGGCUCCUGGGGCUCAAUGAACUCACCUGGAGCCAGCCCAGAACUCACCUGGGGACCCCGGUGGUGGCACUACCCAGGAGCAGAGGGCACAGAGGAGCCCAGUCCCGGCUCUGGGUGUGGGGACAGGGAGGGGGCAGCGCCCCGGGGAGGCUGAGAGGGGCUCCCUGGGACCCCUCCCCAUGGCUGCACCCUGCUCCUGAGCCCUCCUGGGCACAGAGUCGGGGGGCAGGAGCUCAGGGAGGGGCAGCUGGGGGCUGCUCCUGCUGUGCCCCCUGGGUGGUGGCAGACCCUGCAGGUGGGUGCUGUGCCCCCCAGGAGGGGUCCCAGGGGUAGAUGCCAGGCCCUGCAGGUGGGUGCUGUGCCCCCCAGGAGGGGUCCCAGGGGUAGAUGCCAGGCCCUGCAGGUGGGUGCUGUGCCCCCCAGGAGGGGUCCCAGGGGUAGAUGCCAGGCCCUGCAGGUGGGUGCUGUGCCCCCCAGGAGGGGUCCCAGGGGUAGAUGCCAGGCCCUGCAGGUGGGUGCUGUGCCCCCCAGGAGGGGUCCCAGGGGUAGAUGCCAGGCCCUGCAGGUGGGUGCUGUGCCCCCCAGGAGGGGUCCCAGGGGUAGAUGCCAGGCCCUGCAGGUGGGUGCUGUGCCCCCCAGGAGGGGUCCCAGGGGUAGAUGCCAGGCCCUGCAGGUGGGUGCUGUGCCCCCCAGGAGGGGUCCCAGGGGUAGAUGCCUGGCCCUGCAGGUGGGUGCUGGCCCUGGCACCCCCAGCUCCCAGCCCAGGAGCCCUCAAGGUGCCGUUGGCACCUGAUGAAUUGCACUAAUUGUGGCCCCCAGGUGUGUCUGUGCCCGGCCGGGCAGGGCUGGGGGAGCCCCACGCCAGGGCAGCCCCCCCUGUCCAUUGUGGCACUGAGAGCAGAGCCCACCCCAUGGCACCACGAGUGGGGGGCAGCAGCCCCAUCCUGGGCACGGGGGGCUCAGGGUGCUGCUCUGCCCCUGCUGGCACCAGGACAAGUCUGGGGUGAGGGGGCUCCUGGCUCCCCUCAGCCUCCCCUUCCACUGGAACAUUCCUGCUUCCCUUUUGUCUGGGGGGAGGGCUCUUCUUCCUGUUGGGUUUUUCCCUUUUUUGUUGGUUUUUUUGCAACUUCUUUG